GGCUGGUCUGGAGUGCGCAUGCGCGGUGCGGGAGAGCCGCAGAGCUGUGGCAGUUGGGCAGAAGAAACGGAGAGAGCAGCAGCAGCCAUGGCUAAAGACGGAGAGGAGUGGACAGGGACGGACAGCACGGCCGAUCACGCGCUGCUGAACGGACGGGGGCCUUAAAAUUAUUUUAUUUUUGUUUAUUUUGCUAUUUUUUUUACGACCAAAGCGAUCGGAGAAUACACUGAGGGGAAAAAUCAACACCUUCUUUUGCAUCUAUAUAUACUCUGAACAUUUUAUUAUACAGGCUACUCCAUAAAGGGAACUCAGAAAUAAUUAAAAAAUAAAUAAAUAAAAAUACCAACAGCAACUAAGAACCACGAGAACUUGUACCGCAUGUGAGGACUUCUUCUUCAUCAUCUUCUACAUCAUCCUCUUCUUCUGUGGACGCCCCCCUUUUUUGUUUUUGUUUUUGUUUUUUUUUUUCUUUUGCUCCUCACCGUUGACAUACUAGAUGGUUCGUCCGCAAGCUCCAGCGCGCCAUGAACGCUCAGCUGUCGAUGGAGAACAUGGGCGACCUGAGCCAUGAUCCGGACCUGCUGCCGGGCGAGCGGACCCACCGUGGGGGGGGCCGCCCCCUGGUCAUGGAGGGCGGCGACUUCCACCACCAACAGCACCAACACCAACAUCCACACCAACACCACAGCCAGCAGAAUCAAGCUCAGCAGCAGCAGCAGCAAGGGCUGGCCAGCCACCUUCACGCUGCCAUGACCAUGGCUUGCGAGGCUCCUCCUGGGAUGAGCAUGAGCAGCACAUACACCACCCUUACCCCCCUGCAGCCCUUACCCCCCAUCUCCACCGUCUCGGACAAGUUCCCUCACCACCAUCACCACCACCACCACCACCAUCACCAUCACCCUCCUCCGCCACCGCCUCCCCCUCACCCGCACCAGCGGAUCCCAGGCAAUGUCAGCGGGAGCUUCACCCUGAUGCGGGAUGACCGGGCUUUGGCUUCCAUGAACAACCUCUAUGCGCCGUACCACAAGGAUGUUGGCAUGGGCCAGAGCUUGUCUCCUCUGGCCGGUUCCGGGCUCAGUGGGCUCCACAGUGCCCAGCAGGGCCUUCCGCCUCCACCUUAUGCCCACCCAGGCGCCGACAAGAUGCUGGCACCCAAUGGCUUCGAGGCAGCUCACCAUCCUGCCGUGCUGGCCAGACAUGGAGACCAGCACGUCAGCCCAUCAGCGGCUGUGGCGGCGGCGGGCAUGGUCCAACUCAAUGGGCUCCACCACCACCACCACCCACAUCAUCACCCCCACCACCCUCAUGCCCACCUGGGUGCCCCAGGACACGCCUCCGCCCUUGGGUCCACCCGGGAGCCCCUUGGUGGGGCGCAGGUGGGCUCUGGUGGAGCUCCAGGCACCCCUGGACCAGUGGAGGAGGUCAACACCAAAGAAGUGGCGCAGAGGAUCACCACAGAGCUGAAGCGCUACAGCAUCCCGCAGGCCAUCUUCGCCCAGAGGGUGCUGUGCCGAUCCCAGGGGACCCUGUCCGACCUGCUCCGCAACCCCAAGCCCUGGAGCAAGCUCAAGUCAGGCCGUGAGACCUUCCGCAGGAUGUGGAAGUGGCUCCAGGAGCCCGAGUUCCAGAGGAUGUCUGCGCUGCGCCUCGCAGGUGAGCCCGCAAUAGCGUGCAAAAGGAAGGAGCAGGAGCAGGGCAAGGGCGAGCGCGGGAGCGUGUCGAAGAAGCCCCGGCUGGUCUUCACUGACGUCCAGCGACGGACUUUACAUGCAAUAUUCAAAGAGAACAAGCGCCCGUCCAAAGAGUUACAAAUCACUAUCUCUCAGCAGCUGGGCCUGGAGCUCGCCACGGUCAGCAACUUCUUCAUGAACGCGCGCCGGCGGAGCCUCGAUAAGUGGCUGGAUGACGGCAGCUCCAACUCCGCCAACUCCUCCUCCAGCACUUGUACCAAAGCGUGACGGAGUUACCGGCUGCAGACUGACUUUAAAACCUUCGGUGGAAAAGCUUUAAAACUUAAGAACCAGAGACCUUCUGGACAGCGUGUUUUGUUUUUUUUG